CCCCCCUGGGGGAUCGUUUCCGGCGACGGACCGAGCCCCGGCCGCCUCUGCCCGGCCGCUGAAGCGAGAAGAUGUCGGAGAGGAAAGUUUUAAAUAAAUACUACCCGCCGGAUUUUGAUCCGUCGAAAAUCCCGAAGCUCAAACUUCCCAAGGACCGCCAGUAUGUCGUGCGCCUGAUGGCCCCUUUCAACAUGAGAUGUAAGACCUGUGGCGAGUACAUUUAUAAAGGCAAGAAGUUUAAUGCUCGGAAGGAGACGGUACAGAAUGAAGUGUAUCUGGGGCUCCCCAUCUUCCGCUUCUAUAUCAAGUGCACCCGCUGCCUAGCAGAAAUCACUUUCAAGACAGACCCUGAAAACACAGACUACACCAUGGAGCAUGGAGCCACGCGCAACUUCCAAGCGGAGAAGCUCCUGGAGGAGGAGGAGAAGAGGAUCCAGAAGGAGAGAGAGGACGAAGAGCUGAACAAUCCAAUGAAGGUGUUGGAGAAUCGGACCAAGGACUCGAAGCUGGAGAUGGAGGUGCUUGAGAACCUGCAGGAGCUAAAGGAGCUCAAUCAGCGUCAGGCCAAUGUGGACUUUGAGUCGAUGCUGCAGCAGUACCGUGUGACCGAGGAGGAGAAGCAGCAGAUUGAACAGGAAGAGGACGAGAAGGAAAUAGAAGCCAUGAUGGAGCAAGCUAAGAGGCGGCAUCUGAUCGAGGACUCUGACUCUGACGAAGAACGUGCCCCGGCAAAAACCAGGCCCCCAGCGAGACUCAACCCCACUGCCAUCCUGCACGAGAAUCUGGGCGUGCCAAACAAGAAGCAGAAAAUGGAAAGUUGGGAGCGUAGCGUGGGCAAGCUCAGCAGCAAACCUCAGCUGACAGGGUUGGUGAUAGGAAAGAAACCAAGAGAGCCGAGCCGACCGACACCGUCAUCUCCCGGCCCGGGAGCGGUUGGGCGGAGCUCAGAGGAUGCCGGCGCGGCCCCUCCACCCUCCAGCACCUCCUCUCUCAGUCAGCUGGGGGCCUACUCGGACAGCGACGACAGCAACAGCGGCUGAAGCCCCGGGCCCAGCGUUUCUCAUCGGCUCGGCGCAGCGACCAGGCCGCCGGGGCCUUUCGGUGCCCGCUCCCACUUCCGACUGAUCGGGGGAGAGGGCAAGCUCCGGGCCCGGGGGUUCCCACCUCCCGGACACCAGCUGCUCUCCCGUCAGCGGUCAGUCAGCCGGGGGCCUCUCCCCCCAGACUCUGCUCUCUUCCCUCCUCCUCCUCCCUGCUGUCAGCCUUGUGAUCCGAAAGCAGUGACGAGGCGAGAGGCCGAUCGCCCCCGUCUCGCCUCAAAACGUAAGGUCGGAAAGCUUCCCACGUUCACAGGCGUUUCGUCUUUCGAAUGGAUGUCUUCCGUUACCGCACGCGCCGAGUUAGCUUCAGACGAAAGGGUUUUUCAAUCCGGUCAGACUGUCGAAUUUGCCACCCAACCUGAAUUGUAAAGGGAGCAACUGGGCUACGUGUUUUACAUGAAAGAAUAAAGUGAGACCGAAAGACUGGG